AGUAAUAGCAGAAUACACUGGUGUGGUUACUCUGUAAUUUAGGUUCUCUCGAGAUCUCGCAACGGUAAAACGUUUUGUGUAAACAUGUCGUCAUCGAAAAUAGUUCCUAUUCUUUCGACAGCGGGUGCUAUUCCAGUAAAAAAUGACAAAGGAGAGAUAUCCAUGCAAAAAGUUAAGGUCAAUCGCUAUGUAUCGGGCAAACGACCAGACUAUGCUACUAUUCAUACUUCCUCGGACGAUAGUGAUGAUGAAGAGUUCAUCAGGCCGCGGAAAAAUGCAAGAGGGAAACAAGAAGAAGAAAGUCCUGAACAUGAGUGGGAGGAUAUGCCAGAUAUUCCUCUCACUGACCACAGUGACAGACGAUUAAAACGCCUUUUGAACCGUGAAAUUGAUGAACAUAGAAUUGAAAGACACAGGCACAUCCAUGAACCUGAGGUCAUUGGAACAGAGGAAGAAGAAGCAUCACCCCAAUUGGAAAAUACUGUAAACGAUGAUGAAAUUAAUUUUAGCAGAAAUGCCCGAAGGUGGGAAUCUAGUGAAGAAGAAGAUGAGGUAGAAGAUCUUGAUGAAGAUGACAUUGAACGUCGAAGAAUGAUUGCCAGACAGAAGGCUGUAAUUAAACAGCAAGAAGAAGAGUUGUUGGCUAGGGAAGAAGAGAAAGAAAGUGAAGAAGAGGAGGAUGAUGAAGCUUCUGAAUAUGAAGAAUACACAGAUUCAGAAGAAGAAACUGGUCCAAGGUUAAAGCCAAUUUUUGUUAGUAAGAAAGAACGAAUCACCAUAGCUGAAAAGGAAAAAGAAUUACAGAAACAAAAACUUAUGGAACUCGAGGCCAAAAAGAUUGCAGAAGAACGUCGGCGUUACACUUUAAAGGUAAUUUGUCAGUGUCAUCCUUCUAAUUUCAUUAGUAAACUAUUGACAAAUUUACAGGUCGUGGAAGAGGAAGUACGCAAAGAAAUGCAGGCCAAAGACGAAAAAGAUCUUGAAUCGGGAAUUUUGUCUGUACUGACAGAUGCAGAAGAUGAAGAACUUGAGUACGAAAGCUGGAAAUUACGAGAACUUAAACGAAAUAAGCGAGAUCGCGAUGAACGUGAAGCAGAAGAGAAGGAGCGACAAGAAAUUGAACGUAUUCGUAAUAUGACCGAAGAAGAACGGCGGCUGGAAUUCAAGAACAAUCCGAAGCAAGUCACCAACAAGGCGCCAAAGGGCAAAUACAAGUUCCUGCAGAAAUACUACCACCGCGGUGCUUUUUACCUGGACGAAGACAAGGAAGUUUUCAAACGUGACUUUGCUGUACCUACUCUGGAAGAUCAUUUCGAUAAGACUGUUCUACCCAAGGUUAUGCAAGUUAAAAACUUCGGUCGUAGUGGGCGAACCAAAUACACGCAUUUGGUAGAUCAAGACACGUCACAAGCCGACGCACCUUGGGCAACUCAUAGUGCUCAGAACUUGAAAUUCUACACACAGCAUGCCGGUGGAGUGAAGCAAAUAUUCCAAAGGCCCGCACUGAAGAAAAAGAACACGGGUACCUGAUAUUUUCACUGUUUAGUAUUUAAAAUCUCUCAAUGACGUUGUCUUAAAUGUGGAAUAUUAUGGUCGAUAAAUGCAAUUCAAUAAACUGCUAUCAAUUUCUGGA